AUGUUCGGUUUGAUCAGUGGGGAGGCGCUCGUCAGUGCGCCAAGAUUCCGAGCCGUCACGAGCCUGCCUCCGACUGAGUCACUGUACGACUUCAGAACUCUUAGCAAAGAGGUCCUCGAUCUGGGGGAAACCCUCGACGCCGCCUCCACCGUCUGCUACAGCGGGAUGAACGACUGGGGGGCAAUUGUUGAAUCGAUCACAGGAACACCGCAGCAGAUUCUGAACGACGACGGGUUUAGCAAAAUCUCCGCUGCGACCGUCAACCUUUACCCAGAGUUCACCGAGUGCCGGCCAGACGUCCCAAACGACGACAAUUUGGUUGGAAAGAGAUUGGCUAGUGAUACCAACGGCAACGACGUGCUUGAAGCCGUUCCUGAUGCCCUGAAAAUAUACCCGUACAGCUUUUCCAGCAGUCUACGGCCAAUCUCCCGCGUCGUACCAGCUACAAACACCAAGUAUGGGGCGACGACCGUUCUGGAGCCUCUCCUCAAUGCAUACUACGGUGGCUGUCGUGUUCGUGAGGUGAACAUAACAGGGAUCUAUGUUGAAGAUACUUGCGAAGCCUCAAAGCACUGGUCGUCUUACGGUUUGAUGGUGCAGUCUCCCGACGAUAUUCCGUUGUGUAUCGCCGGCGACGUCUGCAUUCACAACUAUUUCAACACCCAGUGGGAGGGCAUCGUUGAACUCACGCCUGAAAACCGAGACCAUGUUCCCCUGUACGUUAACAGCGUCCGCAGUCGCUAUGGCGACACCGUCCCGAUUAACACGUUGCCUGGCGUCGUGGUCGCGCAGAUCCUGUUCAUGGGUAUCGUUAGCCUCUACGAGGUGGUGUCGCACCAGCAAUCGGUUCUCCUCUCGCAAAUCUGGGCGUACCGCUGUCAAAUUGGGCGCGUGCAAGUGCUGUACCUUGCGCAGAUUACCUACCACCUCGUGUACAAUUCCGACCUGUAUUUGCUGGGACUCGCGACAGGGACACUCACCGGGGAAUCCAUUGCCAACCUCACGCUGUGCUUCUUCGCCUUCUCCUACUCGUUCGUCAACCUGGCCAAGGCUCGUUCGGGGGAGCAGCGACUGGACCGUCGACUUCGACUCAAGUGGGAGGCCAUGCAGUUCGUCAUUACCAUUUGCGUUGGCUCGCUGUUGAGGUCCAUCCAGCAAACGCCCAUAAUCGCCAUAAUUACGCAGAACGCGGAGAUCUUGCUCAAAACAUCCGCGCGAGGAGCCAAGUACUGCGGUCUCCACGACACGUGCAUUCUGUUCACAAUGAACACGGCCUUGAUCGUGCUCAUUUUGUCGGCCACGUUCGCGCUUGCCGCUUCGAUCAUAUCCUACGCCGAUGUGAUGGUCAUGAAGGACAGAGUGAGGAACUGCAUCGGCGCACCCGUCAGAAGGCUGUUCCGCGACUGCGAUGACAUCGCGCACGUCACGUAUAAGGGCAAGCGCUGCACAACCGUCGAGGCGCUGCUGCUCGCAGGGUACCUCUACUACAGUGAGCACGUGUACAAGUCGUCCUCUGUGAUGAUGUUGCUGCUGGCGCGGGUGGUGCCGACAAAGAUCAUACGCACCUUCAACGUGCUGCUGCUACGCUGGCACAUGGACCCGAAAGACGGCACGCUCACUCAAGCGUACUCGUGCACGUGGUACCACGCUAGCGAGGAGAACCACAAGCUGCAUGGCGCAAUGCCGGUGACCUAA